ACAGUCUGGAUGCUAAAAUCCGCAAGAUGGAGCUGGAAAACAGAGCUCUGGAGAACACCAUUCAGUUGUUCAACAACAGUAACUCAACAUUUCGCAAAUCCCUCAACAAAGUCAAUGAAUCCAGUACGUGUGACCAGGUCCAGAGUACAAGGAAAGACUGAAGCUGGGAGAGCAGCUAAGGGCGGCUGAAGAGAAGCUGAAGUACAAGAAAAGACAAGUCCAAGAGCUCCAGCAGGACUUACAGGACAUGAACAAUACCUUGGAGAGUCUGCUGCAUGACGAGCAGGUGGAGAAACACAAAAUAGAGCACAAACAGUCGCUCAUCAGUAAACUGAACAAAGAGAUCUCUUCACAGCAGGAGAAGGUUGUCAGAGCCACAAAGCAGUGCUCGAAGCUGACAAAAGAGAUCCGCUCAGCAAAAAGCACCAACACCGAGACUUUUGAGGAGAAGGACAUUAAGCUGAGGGAGCUGAAAGAAUUCAAUAAGAGUAUCAACAAGAUGCUGAAUGAAACCAUGGAGGACAAACCUGACCUCAGAUCAGUGUUGGAGAAAUACUUCCUGCAGGCCAAUCUGUCUCUUCCUUCUCCGUCUUCCACUCCUUCCAGCCAUCGGAGCUCCAAUAUGAGCUCUGCCCGCAGCUCUGCCUCUCUUAGGUCUCCUGCGUCCUCAGCCAGCAGCAGCCCCAGGGCGUCUGCCCUUCACUCCCCCGUGCUGAAGACUGUGGAACUGGGCUUGGAUCUGACCGUGACCUCCCCUCCUCUCACCACCUCCAGACGUUCUAGCUCUGCGAGCAGCAGCAGAAAGUUGAAGAACCCAUAGUGUUUAUUAUCAUUCUUUAGUUACUGCUGUGAAUAGAGAGCAAGAGACAGAGCAUUACACUAUAUAGUUAUAUAGCUGCACAGAACAACUGUCUCAUCAAUUCUGAAAGUGGCAUAAUUUUAAUGCAUCAAUAAAUCUGUUAUGUGUGUUAUGUGUAAACUUUGUUCUUUUGACUUUGUGGUUAUUAUAUUUAUUCAUGUAUAUCUAAAAACUAGAUGCGCCCACGAUGUGUUGACGGACUUUUUAUUUUAAAAAAGAAACAUGAUUCUUGUUUUUCUUCCUGUUUUUGUUUUUAUGUUAAACAUUUUUUAAAUAAAAGUAGCGGACAAAGCUUGGAACUACUGUUUGCGCACAUCAGAGAUUGCAGAAGCAUUAAACUAAAUAUUUCAUUUGG